AUGGCUGGUUACAUGUUGAUGGACAGGGGCGAAUGGGGUAUGUCACCACUGGUUCGUAUAGACGGAGAAGAGGGCUAUGUGAGCUUGUCAUCCAGGCGUGACACUGCGAAUCCGACAGACAAUUACAUUCUGGGCGCCAAGAUCUUCGAGCGGGUAUCCGGAAACCUGGUUGGCGAUGGUCUCACUGUCUACAGAGCCAGACGAGCUGAUAGCUCGGACGGAGACUAUGCGGUCAAGUUCAAAUGGUCAGACGAAUCCGAGAGCAAUGAAUUGAGAAUACUCAAUUUGCUUAAGGAGAGAAAUGUGUGUGGAGUGAUUCUCCUCGACGCACAUUAUGUUGGCGCCAGCACCGAGAUGCUGCAUGACGGUCUUUCAUUGGGUAGCCCUUUGACUUGGCAACUGGGAAGUGAUGGCUCCUGCGACGAGAUUGAUGGAGAUAUGGGGUCCUGCAGUCAGCACGUCAGGAAUGAACCCAAAAGGCCCACUUGCACCGUUGUUACGCCCCAAGGCCGCUCACUUCACAAUUAUCAAUCGAUCCCGGAAGUCCUGUUCGCGCUACGCGACGCAGUUAGAGCCUAUCGAUCACUCUACCAGGACGGGCGGAUCCUGCACCGAGACAUCAAUCCCUCUAACAUCAUCAUCCCCUCCUACGGUCCGGAUACGGAUGCAGUUGACGCUGCCAGAGGCGUACUGAUCGAUUUCGACAUGGCUAAAGAGAAUUCCGAGCUAUACCAACCUAAUCAAGCCGUCGGAACUUACAUUUUCCAGGCGAUUGUGGUGUUACAAGCCUAUCUCCCAGACAACCCACACACUUACCGCCACGAUCUCGAGUCGUUCUUCUACACCUUUCUUUUUCUUGCACUCGCCCGCGCCCAGUUCCGGAUGGGGAAAAUCAACUGCAACUUCCCCCGUCGAGCGUGCUGCGGGAGUGGUACGAGGGCAGGCUGGUUGACAAAGCGAAUCGCAAGAUACAAGACAUGGAGUCGGUUCAAGCGGCGGAUCGUCGCAGAGUUCACCCCCGAGUUCCAGAGGCUUGGGGCGCUGGCAGAGAAGCUCAGGGCGAUUUUGUUUCCCGUGGAUGGAGACGGCGGAAUCUUGACAGGGACGGACUUGACCGACCACGGGACAAAUGCCCUUUACGAUGCCGUCAAUGGUGCGUUCGAAGAUGCAGCUUUGGAACAUGCGAGACUGUGA